AUGGCGCCCUCGCUCACUGCCCAUCCCUCCUUCACUCGUCCUCGGACGAGUGACCGUGAGGCUCGUCCUAGCACCCGCGAUCAGGGCGAUACCAGCCUCAUCAUCCCUAGCCGGACCUCGUCUCUCCACUCGCGCAUCACCCAGCCUAUCCCGUCGACCCUCAAUGUUAAGCCGCAGCAGAGGACUCCCAAGACUCUCACCCACGCCUACAUGGUGUGUGGUGUCGGUCGCGAGCCCUCGCAGUGGGUCAAGGCUCCCGCACCCACCCAGGGCAAGAUUGGCCACAUGAAGGGUGCCGUCGGCCAAUUCUGGCUUCCCGAGAUUCUGGGUAGCAGCCCCAGGUUGGAGCAGGACAACGAGAUUGCUCGUUCUCUCCACGCUGCAAUGAGGGCAUGCUUCCCUCACGAUGUCGAAAUCUGCACCGGUCGUAGCCAGCCUCACUGCGUUCACCAUGCGUUUGUACUCCAGCAAGACUCGUCCCACACACUCUACGGUAUCUGCCUUCGCGUCUGGUCCCGCGCUGAUGAGAAGCGAGCGGAGACGAUCCGUGACCUCCGACGACGCACUGAGUCUGACUUCUACGACAACCCCGACGAGACCUACUGGAUCCCCUACUGCUUGUCGUUCCUCUCUAGGUACCCGCUCUACAACCUCCUCGGUGACUACCUUCGAGGCAUGUGGAUCCACUGGAACAAGGCCACCAACCUCUUCCACGCGGAAGAGGUGUCCCGUAUUCUCAGUUUCCCGGCACCUCGUCUCAACGAUCUUGUUCGUAUCGACAUGAAGGACUAUGCUCUCUGCUACCAGUUCCCUUCAUCGCCCACCGGUUUCCAGAACUUUGCCAUGUGGCCUCUGUUCUGCUGCUUGUCGAUCCCCAACAUUGUCGGUGUCAUCGAGGCCGCCAUUUCGCCCACGCGCCGCAUCAUCUUCGUUUCUCACUAUCCCGCCAUGUUGACGAUGGCGGCUGAGACGAUCCGCUUCUGUGUCCGCGUGUACGAGUGGAGCGGUCUCUACGUUCCGGUCGUCCAUGCGCGCCACGCCAAGGAGCUCGUACAGGAACCUGGCCCGUAUAUCCUUGGUAUCACUGCCGAGUGCCGAUCUCUCUUCACCGCCCCUACCGACGCCCUUGUCGUCGAUCUGGACCGCAACUUCGUGCUCACCUCGAGCCCGCCUACCGCCUUGACUGUCGGCCAGCGCAAUAAGUUUGUCACUCGCCUCACGCAGUCGCUCAACGGCGAUGUCACGCCCUCGGGUGUCCCCGCCCACCUCCGCUCGGCCUAUGGCGGCGGCAAGCUCGUCCCCGCGGGCCAGAUCAUUGUGAUGCGCGGUGAGGUUGAGUCUAUCCAGGACCCCGAAUGGUGGAACCAGGACUCCAUCAUGACGGUGAUGGACCACGUCUGCGAGAAGAUGGGCCGCAACACUGGUCUCAAGGCCGUCUUUGGCGGCUCGGUCAAGAAGCCUCUGAUGACCAAGGUUUCCAUGCGUCACCUCAACGAGAUUGUCCGCGAGCGCAACCAGUACUCGCGUGACGCGCUCGAGGCCUGGCAGGACUUCAUCAACCUCAAGGGCCGCAUGGAUACGGAGCUCAGCAAGGUGACAAAGCGCAACAACUACCUGGUGGAGGAGCUGGAAAGCUGGAAGCAGCAGUUCCUCAAGUUCCAGGCUUUCGCCGAGCAGCUUACCAAGGAGACCCAGGACCUCAAGGACGACAAUGCUCGCAUGAAUGUCCGCCUUGUGGGUACGGAGAAGCAGCGCGACGAUGCCCUCGAAGCCCUCGUCCUCCAGCAGGAGAUUGCCGAGGAGCUCGAGCGCGAGCGCAAGAGGAACAAGAAGGAAUUGGCUGCGCUCCAGCAUACCAACCAGACGAUUUCGCGCCAGCGCGACGAGGCCCGCCGCGUGGUCCUCCACCUGCGCAGCCUCAUCAGCGGGCAGCGCCACCACAUGGAGCACAUUGUCGAGUCUCUUACCAAGCCCGAGGACAUGACGGCCGAGCUCGAGGUCGGCUUCGAAGGCGAGGAGCUCGAGGGCGAGGUCAACGAGGCCAUGCUCAAGGCUCUUCGCAACAGCAAGCGCGUCUCGAGCUCAAGCUUCUCGGACGUUGCCGACAGGCACCUUAAGGACAAGACGGACGCCAUCGCCCACAUCAUCCGCAACAUUGCGGAGCAGUGCCAGGCGGCCGUCGAGGGUCUCCAGCUCGCGCAGGAUGCCGAGAUUCACGAGAGGAGCGCCUCGCGCCGUGGCAGCACUCUCUCCGCCGCCGUCAGCGAGGAUGGUACGCACUCUGCCGUCACCUCGGAGGCGGACGACAGCCUUCUCCACCCGUCUGGACGCGCGUCCAGCAUCCCGCCCACUCCUGAUCUCAUCCCCAACAGGAGCAGCACGGCCAUGUCGUUCACCUCGACGGCGACGACGCCCGAGCGUUCGAGCCAACAGUUUAUGGUGCGGGAGGAUAUUCCCACCAAGAUUGUCGAGGACGACGCCGAGGACUACGAGGAGGCGAGGAGCGAUGCCGAGCCCCUCCCCACGAUGUGGUGGUGGGCAAGCAUGCCCAGGGCCUCAUCCAUAGGCCAUCGGGCGCCAGGAUCAGCGCGCUCGGCUCUUCUCGUUAAGGAGACGGAAACAGAAAAAAUGAAGAGCAGCAACUCGGGACACGACUAG